GCUCUCGCAGCAGCCUCUUUAUCUUUGUCUUCUUCCUCCCUUCCUUCUUGAAAACCACCGUUCCAUCUGGAUUUCCCCUUCUUUGCCGGGUUUCAUCGAAUCUUGUUGUUGGCUGGUCCGUUGUUCGUUGCCGCUUGUCGUUGUUUCUCGCAAUCACGUACGAUCGAUGAUAGUUCUCAUAAUUAAUCCCUUCUCAAGUCGACUCUUCCUCUAGGAAACCUAACGGCCACAAAAGGCGCCCUAUCACACAAAAUGGCCAUGAUGACGGUAUAUGAGGUCCAGUACAAGCGUCUUCCCGCCUUCCAUGCCGCCAUCUAUAUACACCGGGACCAAAAAGGCGGCUUGAUGUACCACGCCGUCGGCUCCCACACCGCUGGAUUCCGGUACGAAGCAUGUGGAUGCGAGCGGCCCGAGAAGUCCAGGAGCUUGUACAAGAUGUGGCCGAGGGGGAAAGUAGCACGGGAGGACCUGCCACGCGUCGACAUGAUUUGUCAGAAUGUGCCCAUUCCUUGCAUCCGAACAGUGUCUGGAGUGCGAAUGGAGCGAGAUUGCCGCCAUUGGGUGUACCAGGCGCUCGGUGACUUGCGGGCCGCAGGAGUUCUCCAGGAGAUCGGCCAGACAAAGUGAUGGUGGCGGACUGGAGUGGUCGAGGACCCGGCGUGAAACGACGAUGAGAACUGUCACCAUCCAAUUUCAUUUUCCAGCAUGAGCAGCCAGGCGUACUCGUUCGGAUAUGGGUCCAAGAAUUUGCCUACCCAAUGGUGCCAGUCGUCCUCAAACCACCCACACGCCAUGAUUGCCUGAGCAUAUUCCCAAUAGCUCGGGUACCAACCUGCACACUCCCAGUCCAGAAGGACAAUCUCGAUUCCAGUCUUUGGCUUGGCUUUGAUCAUGACAUUCUUGGGUUGCAGGUCGCCGUGUGUGAGAGUCGGAGGGUGGUCACGAAAUACCAGUGGAAGGCUGUCCUGAUAGAAACCGGCCUUUCCCUCAAUGGCCUUCAUAGUCCGGCAUUUCUUAACGAUUGCGCUGUUGAGU